UGAAAACAUUUUUAAUYAACAAAUUUUAGGUUKUUCCCAAAGGCAUGUAYAAUUUAAUCAUGUGGGUCAUGCGAGAAUAUGAUAAUCCGCCUAUUAUUGUGACUGAAAAUGGAGUAAGUGACAAAGGUGGCCUUGAGGAUUACAAACGCGUUGAUUAUCUCAACGCUUAUCUAUCCGCCAUUUUGGAUGCCAUUGAAGAUGGUGCAAAUGUACAGGGUUACACUUAUUGGAGCUUGAUGGACAGCUACGAGUGGAAAGUUGGCUAUACAGAAAAAUUCGGUCUCUACCACGUGGACUUUAAUCAUCCAAAUCGCACGCGUACGCCGAAGAUCGSCGCCAAGGUCUAUGCGCAGAUUUGCAAGACGAACACGAUUGAUUGGAGUUAUCGGCCAACAUUGGAUGAAUACCAAAUUAAUGCGAUGGCACAGCUACCCGAAGUUGAGGACGUUGGCGAUUCUACAUCGAG